CUCGUCGCUGCGUAUUUUUUUCCUCCGGUCGGCUUAUCUGAGCUCAUAUCACUAGCCCAUCGUAGCUACGUCGAUUACCAGCACCCAUCGGCCGUUCCCACUCGGCGCUCUUUAAAAACUGCCGAGCCACGGAACCAGUAAACCCUUGCACGUAGACGAACAGGCAAACGCCACCAUGAAACCCGACCUCCUAGCUUGCGCCACUGCGUUUAAUCACACCCGCCGCCACUACGCCACGAAAUACACGGCAAAGAUUACCUCCACCUCACCCACCGGACGCUCUCUCUCCGCUGAGGUCACCCCUCUCUCUUCUCCAUACCCCACCGAUAUCCGCGGCUACGCACUCCCCCGCCGCCACGUCAUCUGCAAGGCAACUCAGAUCCUCCUCCAAUCCCGUCCCUCCACGUCGCAUAAUCCCGGCCGAAAUCCCUUCCUCGACCUCUCCAACUAUCUACACUCCCUCCCUCUUCCCCUCACCCCCUCCGAGGCCUCCGAAAUCCUCAAAUCCCUAAACGACCCCUCCCUCGCUCUCCGGUUCUUCCAACUCUGCCCCUCCAUUUCGCCUAAUUUCCAACACGACUCCUUCACCUACACCCGCCUCCUCCUCAUCCUCUCCAAGUCGUCCUCCCCGGACCGCUUCGACCUCGUCCGCUCCGUCCUCUCCCAGAUGGACCUGUCCAACACGCGUGGCACCAUCUCCACCGUCAACAUCCUCAUCGGCUUCUUCGGAAACUCCGAGGACUUGGACCUCUGCACAUCCUUGAUCAAGAAAUGGAACCUCACCAUGAACGCCUACACCUACAAAUGCUUGCUCCAGGCGUAUCUGCGCUCCCUCGAUUCUGACAAGGCUUUCGACGUCUACAACGAUAUGCGUCGCCGAGGCUACAAAUUGGACAUUUUUGCGUACAACAUGUUGUUGGAUGCUCUAGCCAAAGAUGAAAAGGUUGACCGGGCGUGCAAGGUGUUUGAAGAAAUGAAACGGAAACACUGUGAGCCGGAUGAGUUUACAUUCACAAUCAUGAUCAGAAUGAAUGGAAAGAUUGGUAAAGCAGAUGAAGCAUUGUCUCUCUUUCAGGAAAUGCUAGCAAAGGGCUUCGCCCCAAAUUUAAUUGCUUAUAAUACCAUGAUCCAGGCAUUUGCUAAGGCUCGGAUGGUUGACAAGGCCAUUCAUCUCUUCUCUAAAAUGGUAGAGAAUGAGUGUCGGCCUAACGAAUUUACGUACAGUGUCAUCUUGAACCUUCUGGCUGCAGAAGGGCAGCUUGGUAGACUGGAUGUGGUUGUGGAAAUAUCAAAGAAAUACAUGAAUAAGUUGAUAUAUGCUUAUCUUGUAAGGACACUGAGCAAGCUGGGCCACGCGGGUGAAGCUCACCGACUAUUUUGCAAGAUGUGGAAUUUCCAUGAUAGGGGGGAUAGGGAUGCUUACAUGUCCAUGUUAGAGAGUUUAUGUAGUUCAGGUAAGACAACUGAGGCUAUGGACCUGCUGGGCAAGAUUCAUGAAAAGGGAAUCAACACCGAUACGAUAAUGUAUAAUACCGUUUUCUCAACUCUUGGCAAGUCGAAGCAAGUUUCGCAUAUUCAUGAUCUUUUCGAGAAGAUGAAACAAGAUGGUCCUUCACCAGACAUAUUUACUUAUAAUAUUCUGAUCUCCAGCUUUGGUAGGGCUGGGAAGGUCGAUGAGGCAGUUAGAAUUUUUGAAGAACUUGAGAAUAGCAAUUGUACACCUGACAUUGUCUCGUAUAAUUCCUUAAUCAAUUGCCUUGGGAAGAAUGGUGAUCUUGAUGAAGCUCACAUGAGGUUUAAGGAAAUGGAAGAGAAAGGAUUGAAUCCCGAUGUUGUCACAUACAGCACACUCAUAGAGUGUUUUGGCAAGACGGAAAAGGUUGAGAUGGCCUGCAGGUUGUUUGAUGAGAUGAUUGCCCAGGGAUGCUGUCCUAACAUUGUAACGUACAAUAUUUUACUCGACUGCCUUGAGAGGUGCGGGAGAACUGCAGAAGCAGUGGAUCUGUAUGCAAAACUUAAGCAGCAGGGGUUGACACCAGAUUCGAUUACAUAUGCAGUGUUGGAGCGGUUGCAAAGUGGUUCACACAGAAAAUUCAGACUUCGCAGGCAAAGUCCGAUUACUGGUUGGGUUGUUAGCCCUUUGAGGUGAUGGAAGCUUGAAAACUUGAUUCCCUUGCUCGGCCUCUUAAUUGGCGCCAGCAUCAAAAGAUAAAACAAUCUUGAAACUUCUAUAUGUCGUGGUGGCUCAUUCCUUUCUAUACACAUCCACAGGGAGGUUUAAUGUUCAGGAAAGCGACCUAGUUUUUGGUUCGAUUCAAUUUAUGAUGCAAACUUCUUUUUUCUAUUUUUCAUAAUGGCAGAGACAGCAGCAGCGUAACCAGAGUUUGUAUUGGUUACGUGUGGAUAUCGAAUCUCCCAGGUUGCUUUAAAUUGAACACAACAGAGCAAAAGUGUUAGGUAAGCAUGGUGUGCUGUUGCUCUAAUGUAACUGUAAAGGAAGAUUGCUGAUUCAGUCCAUGCAUCAAAUGUACAUUA